GUGCGGCCCUGUUGGGUCGGAUUUUUAAAUCGAAUCUCAAAUGAUCGACAAGUGCAGCGUCUCGUAUAUCGCAAAACCAGCUUGCAUUGUGCUGCCACGGCACGGCUUUAAGUCGUUGCUUUAAAGCAUAUUGAUGCUUUAGAGAUGGCAGCCGGUCCAAUCGCCGAAAGAAAUCAAGAUGCCACAAUUUAUGUGGGAGGGCUCGAUGACAAGGUCACAGAAUCCCUCAUGUGGGAGCUUUUUGUACAAUCUGGACCAGUCGUCAAUGUCCAUAUGCCAAAAGAUAGAGUUACCCAAAUGCAUCAGGGCUACGGCUUUGUUGAAUUUAUGGGAGAGGAAGAUGCAGACUACGCGAUUAAAAUUAUGAAUAUGAUCAAGCUUUAUGGGAAACCAAUAAGAGUAAAUAAAGCUAGCGCCCAUCAAAAGAAUUUAGAUGUAGGGGCGAAUAUCUUUAUCGGAAAUCUGGAUCCAGAAGUUGAUGAAAAACUACUGUAUGACACAUUCAGUGCUUUUGGAGUAAUUUUACAAACACCAAAGAUAAUGCGUGAUCCAGAGACGGGCAACUCCAAGGGAUUUGCCUUCAUAAAUUUUGCCUCAUUUGACGCAUCAGACGCCAGCAUCGAAGCGAUGAAUGGCCAGUACCUCUGCAACCGUCCGAUUUCCGUAUCCUAUGCUUUCAAACGAGAUGCAAAGGGUGAGCGACAUGGAAGUGCUGCAGAACGUUUAUUAGCAGCUCAGAAUCCUCUGAGCCAGGCAGACAGACCUCAUCAACUCUUCGCAGAUGCUCCACCUCUUAAUCCAGUAUCGCAAGCCCAGAAUCCAGGAAUGCCUCAGCAUCAAGCUCAGCAUCAUCCUCAUCCCCAUCAUCCGCAUCAUGGAAUGAUGCAUCACCACCAUGGAAUGGUUGUUCCUCCACCUCCGCCUCCUUCGACUCCUGGACCUCCAAUGGGUCAUCCGCAUUCUCAUCAUCCUCCUCCACCUCCAGUUCCACCCCCACCAUCAGGGGGAUUUCCUCCAUCAAAUAUUCCUCCACCACCGCUGCCUCCUAUGAAUGCUAUGCAUCAAUCGCACCCUCCACUUCCUCCUGGUAUGCCGCCACCGCUGCCACCGAUGCCUGUUCAAAAUUCUCAGGCGCAACAAGCCUCCAGAAUGAUGCCUCCGCCACACUGGGGUGGACCUCAGGGUCAGUUCCCUCCGCCGCCACCACCAUCCGUCGGAAGUGGACCUCCACAAUAUGGUCAAUUUCAACCACCCCCUCCGAGGCCUCCUCCAGGAUGGCGUCAUCCGCCUCCUCCUCCAGUUUCUCAGGGUGGACCACCACCUCCACCCCCCCCGCAAUUUAGACCACCAUUUCCGCCACGAGGACCACCUCCUCCACCACCUCCGCAUGAAGCGGGACAACAGUAUUGAUUUAAGAUUAUUUUAAUACUAAAAAAUUUUGAUAACAUUAAUAAACGAUGAUUGGUCUGA